AUGUUUUCUAAAGAAGUCGAGACAUGUGACCGCAGAAGUAUCGGCCCUUGGAUCGAGCGUCAAAUUCGUGAUCCGGAAGGAUAUAGUUACCGAUGCCGCAUGAAGCUUGACCAAAACAUCUUCCCGUUCGACGACUUCAAAGCCAAUUCUUCCACUGGAGCCCCAGUCUUUGUACCCGGAAGACGCUGUAACAUCUUUGUCACACCACUAUCUGCAGCAACAUAUCUAGGAAACGUGAGGGCUGUCAAGUAUUUUUUACAAUUUCCUGAUCCCCACGAAAAUAAUGGGCUUAUCAGCCCUCUGUCACUAGCUUGUCUUCAAGGACACUCCCAUAUUAUUCAACUUCUUGCUGAGAGGAACGAAUCCGGCAAUACCUUGAAUACUGCGCAUAUGGCUGCGAGAACAGGCCAGAGCCAUUUUAUAUACCACCUUUAUCACAAGUUUUAUUUACAAGGCGCCUGUGAUGUAGAUUCGAUCCCGCCUGCCAUUCAUGCACUCUACCUAGACGACGAUGAAAAAAUCAAAGACGUUUUCUCAACGUUUAUAGGUCUGGACAGGGAUGCUUUAGAUACUCUGGGGAUAUGGAGCCUCAAAAGAUACAGUCUGAUACUGCUCUAA